AUGUCAGGAGAUGGACAACAUAAAUCUCGAUUGCACUCAAAGAGGACAGAGUCUUUACUGUUCAGUAUAGGUCUCUUUUUGUUCCAGGUGUUUAUGGUUGUAUUGUACGCAGUUUGGGUACGCUAUGACAAUUACAAGCAACACAGCGAUCCCACAGAGGUACAGGACAACAUCGAUCACAUCUACGGAUACUUCCGUGAUGUAAACAUUAUGAUCUUCUUUGGUUUCGGUUUCCUAAUGGUAUUCCUUCGACGCUACGGUUACUCUGCCCUCGGAUACACCUUUGUCAUCUCGGCCAUGGUAGCACAAUGGUCCGUACUCCUCAUGGGCUUCAUGGAAGCUGUCUACCAUGGUGGUCCAUUCCCUGGAUACUUUUAUUUUGAUGUUGAGACAUUGAUCAAUGGAUUGUUCUGCGCUGGUGCUGUAAUGAUUAGCUAUGGAGCGAUACUUGGCAAGGUUACACCACUGCAGAUGCUCAUAAUGGGCAUCAUCGAACCGAUGUUCUAUUUCCUCAACAUGUACUUCAUGCUCAAACUCAAUGCAUUUGAUGUUGGCGGUGUAUGUUGGUUCCUAACAAACAGGAAGGCCAAAGCCAGUCCAGAGAAUGCCCCAUCCUACACAGGUGACCUAUUCUCCAUGGCUGGUACAUUGUUCUUGUGGAUGAUGUGGCCAAGCUUCAACGCAGGAGUAGCUCCACGUGGCGACCCUCAACUUAGAGCAAUCACAAAUACUUUCUUGUCAUUGACUGGAUCGACUAUAUCGACAUUCAUCAUGUCUAGACUAUGUGGCCAUUAUGGAUACAAGUUGGACAUGGUACAUGUACAGAACAGCACUCUGGCAGGUGGUGUGGUGCAAGGUGUACUGGCAGCACUCAACAUAUAUCCAGCAUCGGCAAUAGCCAUGGGCUUCAUAGUCGGUGCAAUCUCUGUGCUAGGCUACGUCUUCCUCACACCACUGAUGACGAGGAAGCUGAGCAUUCAGGACACAUGUGGUAUUCAUAACCUACAUGGUAUGCCUGGAUUCAUUGGCGCGAUUGGUGCUGUCAUUGCCGCGCAGCACGCUCUCAACCACCCCGACCUGUACAGCCCCUCCGAGUUCAAGAUCCUGUUCCCCGCCGGUGACAACCAGGCCAAGAACCAGGCUGCGAUGACCUUUAUCUCGGUCGGUCUUGGCAUUGUCGGAGGAUUGUUCACAGGUGCCAUCCUCUAUCUUAUGCGCAAGAUUGGAGGACUCAAGAAGACCGAAUACUUUAGCGACCACGCCUUUUGGAAUGUGGCCACCGACUAUCCCAAGGACUUUGCCGCCGCUGACACACACUCCAAUCGAGACGAGGAAGGUGGCAGCAGCGGAGUCGAGUUGACAGGUGUACACAGCAAUCCUGUUGCCGAUGGCAAUGCAGGACCUGAAGCUCCAGCCCCAAGCGGAGGUGGAUGCAAGACC